ACUCACUAUGCGUAAAGGGUAACAAAAAGUUUUUACCUCUGCGCAAGGGCAAGGAAGGCCAUUGCCCGACAGAAAAAUAUGAUGCAACCGGGUAUAAUUUUGUUGAAGGAGGGUACGGACUCCUCGCAGGGUGUUCCACAACUCAUCAGCAACAUAAACGCUUGUCAGUUUAUUGCUGAUGCAGUACGAACAACUCUAGGGCCAAGAGGAAUGGAUAAACUGAUUGUAAAUAAUCAAGGAAAAGCUACAAUAUCCAACGAUGGAGCUACAAUUAUCAGCCUUUUAGAUGUUGUUCAUCCCGCUGCAAAAACUCUGGUUGAUAUUUCGAAGUCACAAGAUGCCGAGGUUGGUGAUGGAACAACAACAGUCACUCUGCUUGCCAGCGAGUUCCUCAAGCAAGUGAAGCCUUUUAUAGAGGAAGGUGUCCAUGCGCAAGUUGCAGUAAAAAGCUUUAGGAAGGCAGCAAAUUUGGCUAUCAAAAGAAUUAAGGAGAUUGCUGUUCAUAUCAAGAAAGAUGAUCCAAAAGAAAUGAGAGUAUUGUUAGAGAGAUGUGCAGCCACUGCAUUGAGUUCAAAACUGGUAGCUGCCCACAAAGACUUCUUUGCCAAAAUGGUUGUGGAUGCUGUGACGCUUCUUGAUGACCUUCUUCCACUCAGUAUGAUCGGCAUGAAGAAAGUGAAAGGUGGUGCUUUGCAGGAUUCACGGCUCAUUGCUGGUGUAGCCUUCAAGAAGACUUUCUCUUAUGCUGGAUUUGAAAUGCAACCCAAAAAAUACAAGAACCCCAAGAUUGCUCUGUUAAAUGUGGAGCUGGAGCUGAAAGCGGAAAAGGAGAAUGCGGAGAUUAGGCUAGACAAUGUUGAGGAAUAUCAGCAGAUUGUUGAUGCUGAGUGGGAUAUCCUCUAUGACAAACUAGACAAGAUUGUACAAAGUGGUGCUAAGGUUGUCCUCUCAAAGCUGCCCAUUGGAGAUGUUGCCACACAGUACUUUGCUGACAGGGAUAUGUUCUGUGCUGGCCGUGUGGUGGAAGAAGACUUGAAGAGGACCAUGAAGGCGUGUGGUGGUGCCAUUCAAACAUCAGUUAACAGUAUGACUGAUGAUGUUCUUGGGAGAUGUGAAUUGUUUGAAGAGGAGCAGAUUGGUGGAGAAAGGUACAAUAUAUUCACUGGUUGCCCUGAGGCCAAGACUUGCACCCUCAUAAUGCGAGGUGGAGCUGAACAGUUCAUUGAAGAAACAGAGAGAUCUCUCCACGAUGCCAUCAUGAUCGUGCGGCGAGCAAUUAAGAACGAUGCUGUAGUGGCAGGAGGUGGAGCUAUAGAAAUGGAGUUGAGUAAAUACCUGAGAGAUUAUUCACGUUCAAUCGCUGGAAAGGAGCAGCUUCUUAUUGGGUCAAUGGCUAGAGCUUUAGAGAUUAUUCCAAGACAACUCUGUGACAAUGCAGGAUUUGAUGCUACCAACAUCUUGAAUAAGCUGAGACAGAGACACUUCCAAGGUGGCAUGUGGUAUGGUGUUGACAUCAACAAUGAAGAUAUUGCUGAUAAUUUUGAAGCCUGUGUCUGGGAACCAGCCAUUGUGAAAAUCAAUGCGAUUACGGCUGCCACUGAGGCAGCUUGCCUUAUCCUAUCUGUAGAUGAAACCGUGAAAAAUCCCAAGUCGGGUGGAGAUGGGCCUCCCCCAGGAGCAAUGGGACGUGGGCGUGGUCGUCCCAGAUGAGAACAGGACACUUGCAUGCUUGAUUGAUUGGCAAUAAUAUGGACGAAGAUAAGUUAUAUUACGGUUGAGAACACGAACAAUUCCAUCAUAUCUGACAUUGGUGUUCUCUCAUUGUUAGGAGGACAAACCAUUGAAACGAAAUGUGUACUAAGAAAGCAAACUAGGAACAACUAAAUAAUAAAAAUUUGCCAUAAUAAUGGCCGUUUGACUGUAA